UAAAAUGAUCACUAUAAAAGGCAAUCUAUGGUUGUCCAAAUUUAACAAAAUUAUUAAGAGAACAUUUUUACUAAGAGUUAAAGCAUCAAACAAACACACACAAAAAAAAAAGGUGAAUUUGAGUAAAAAGAUUAGAAAAGUUAUUAGCAAAGUAUAGUGAAAACUGUGUGAUUAAGGAGGAAAAUGACAGGAGUUAGUACAUCUUGUGGAGCAUGCAAAUUUCUAAGGAGAAAAUGUACAAUUGAAUGUGUUUUUGCACCUUAUUUUAGCUAUGAUGAGGCAGUUGCUCAUUUUGCAGCAGUUCACAAAGUUUUUGGGGCAAGUAACGUUUCAAGGUUGCUUCUUCAUCUCCCUGAACACUUUAGAAGUGAAGCUGCCUUAACCAUCUCUUUCGAAGCUAUCGCUCGAAUGAGAGAUCCUGUUUAUGGUUGUGUUGCCUAUAUUCAUGCCCUUCAACAAGAGGUAGCAACUUUACAAGAGGAGAUAGAAGUUCUAGGCAACCAAAUGGUGAAUACUAUGAGCAUUGGAAUUACUAGUGAUUGUGAAGGUUCUCAAGCAACUAAUAACAAUAAUCUACUUACUUAUUAUGAUUCAUCACCCUUAUUAUCUUCACAAGACUGUGAAAUCGUGAAUAAUUUACCAGAAAAUUGGAAUACUGGUACAAAUUAUCAAGUGGAACCAGUCAUACAUGCAGAAAAAAAUGGAUUAUCAUGCAGCACCCAAAUGAUGUGGAACAAUAAUCAUAUGAUGAACUUACCAGUAUCUUUUUGUGAAUGGCAAGGACAAAAUCUUUUUGGUAUUACUAAUACUGGGGCCCAAGAAUGUCUUCUGGAAGGGUUAGUUAACCCCAAAACUUUUGAUAGUUCUUCUCUUUUUUGCUGUUUUUCAUAUACUCCCUCAAUCCAAUAGUACAUUAUAACUACUUUAUUUGAGUCAUGUUAAAUAGUUAAUUUUUAGCUAGCUAAU